UUAACGUACUGAAGCGUGUGGAGGUCUCUCGCCCAAAUAAAGUCAAGUGGCUUACCAGUAUUUCCCUUGUCCUCUUGGCCGGAAUAAGCGGUACGAUGUUCGGCAGCUGGUGGAGCAGCGCCGCGGUGACUCACGGGCUGAUGGCUCUGUUUGCCAUGGGCUCCUGGAUUUCCGUCAACAGCCUGUGGGUCGAGCUCCCGGUGGUCGUCAACGUGCUGCCCGAAGAGUGGAACCUUCCUGCUUACCUCUCAGUGCUGAUAGCGUUUGGGAACCUGGGUCCAAUAGCAGUGACCAUCACACACCACUGUGCUCCGGGACGUUUAAACGAACGCCUGGUCAUCCACUGCAUCCAGGUGCUGGCAGUGGUGGCGUCUGCUUUUCUCGCCGUCUUCUGGUCACACACUGUCACAAUAGCAGGAGAGAGGAGGUCACUACCCUUUCUGCUCUUCACCUUUGUGUUAUCUCUGGUUUGCUGUACGUCCAAUGUCACCUUUCUGCCUUUCAUGUUUCGUUACCCCCCUCAGUAUAUUCGUACUUUCUUCAUUGGUCAGGGCUUUAGUGCCUUGUUCCCUUGUAUUGUGGCCUUAGGGCAGGGUGUUGGCAAGCUGGAGUGUAAAACUGUGAAUGGCACAGUAAAGCCAGAGUAUUUAAAAGAGAACUUUCCUGCCCAGAACUUCUUCUGGUUCUUGUUUGUUAUGCUGUCAGUCUCAGCUCUAAGCUUCCUGGCUUUGACACGAAGACAGACAGAGUCACAGCAAGACGCACCACCACAGGAGCCUGACAAUGCAGGGGCAACAAAGAACGGAGAGGAGACUCACCCUCUACAGAACGGAGGGACGCCGGUGUCUGAGGAGCAGGUGCAGCUGGGGGAACAGUCACCUGCUCAGACAUUCUGGACGCCACACAACAUCUACCUGCUGGCACUGCUGGCGGUCUCCAACGCCCUCACCAACGGGGUCCUACCUUCUGUGCAGAGUUUCUCCUGUCUGCCCUACGGCACCAUGACCUAUCACCUCUCCGUGGUCCUUGGCAACAUAGCAAACCCCCUGGCCUGCUUUCUGGCCAUGUUUGUUGUCCUCAGGUCCUCCACAGGUCUGGGGUUCUUGUCUUUAGCAGGGGGAGUGUUUGCUGCAUAUCUCAUGGCAUUAGCAGCGCUUAGCCCCUGUCCACCACUCCUGGGAAACCCAGCUGGUGUGGCUUUAGUGGUCAUCUCCUGGAUUAUCUUCACUGGCCUCUUCUCAUAUCUGAAGGUGGUGAUUGGGACUUUGCUUCAUGAGGCAGGUCACUCUGCCCUGCUGUGGUGCGGCAUCUCUAUCCAGGCCGGCUCCCUUAUCGGAGCCCUCACCAUGUUCCCCCUGGUCAACAUCUAUGACGUGUUUGCCCGAGCUCAGGAGUGUGUGGACAACUGCAGUUAGCAGGAGUGAGAUUUGCUGUGUUUUCUGUUUUUUUUUCCUGUUUAUUUCUUUAUUCACACAGCUUCCAUUCAUUCUUCAUGGGAACUGACUGUUUUAUCCCUGUUUUGGGGUCCCUGAGUGAAGCACCACAUCUGUCUUUGCCUCAUUUUUUUGAGGGUCAUGCCACCUAUGAGGCAUCCUCUCCUGACUCAGAAGCCUCUGCCUGAUAAUGGGAGCAUUGUUUCUGCACAUUGACUAAGGGGAUGUGAAAUGGCUAUGGUGCAGUAAUACCACAAGUGCUUUGUGUGGUAUUUUAUAAUCAAUCUCUGUAGUUGAAGUUGUUUACGGUAGCAAAAAUAACUGCUGAUGGAUUUUCCCGCUACAACAGAUCAUGUGAAAAUUUAUUUACUCAGGGACACAAUAAUUAACUUAUUCAUCCACAUUCGUUGCUCUAGAAGCUAAUUAAUGACAAAGAUUCACACUGUUAGUUGCAAACUACAGUUCCAUCACUAUAGAAAGGCAAGCAGUGCUUAUUUUUUAUUUCAGUGACUAUUUUUUUAUUAUUGUUAAACAUGAAAUAGGAUUAUAUCGAGUGUCAUCAGUCGGUUAUACAGUUCAGUUGUUCAGAAGUCAAUAUUAUGAAAAUUUUAAUGCAGUAAAUUUAAACAUGCAUUUCAAAUGUGCAGUGACUUUUCUUGAUUUCAUGCCAGUGUGCCUGAGAAAUGUUAAACUUAACAAAACAUGGCUUUCAUAAAAGUCAGUUUGCUUUAGCUUGAACUUUGUUUCUCAAAAUGUUUUAUACAAACAUUUUGUGUAGUUUACUGGCUGUUUUUAGAAUUUUUAUUCAGAUAUUCAGUAAUGUGCUAUCUUAAGGGAACAAUAUCUGGCCCUCAUGCACAGCAGAGUUAACAGUUUGGGUAAACAAGGGACUUUGUCAUCUCAAUCUUUGAAGAAACGAUUGUAUAUCUUUGAUGUGCACUAAUACCUUGUAUGGUAUUUCUAUUAACCAUGCUGCUACAGUACAUCAGAUUAAUUAACUUUAUUAAACUCUUGACAAGUUUACAGGGGAAGAAUAUCUGUCACAUUUGACUCAGCUUUAUGGUGGUAAUCCUGCAUUUUUAAAUUUAUAAUCUGUCAAAUUUUAUGCUUAACGAUUGAAUGAACUGCUUGAUGUUUGAACUGUUAAGUGAUUGAUAAGGUGCUCCUGCUUUUUUCAUGACCGUGACCAUUUUUUGUUGAUUUUUUAAAUUUUAUUUUUUAUUAAUUGUUGUGUACAUCAUCAUAAGGAAUUAAAUGACUGAUGUUGGUGAACAAUAAAGAUUUCAUGAAAAUGU